AUGGAUGGAAUUUGUAUUUAGAUUACAGCUUCUUCUGGAACAACUACCAAAGGCAAUCAUCCAUUUAUUAAUAAUUAUACUACCACCAUUAGGGAUCUGAUUACUUGUCAAAUAGCAUCAAGUAGAUGUAAAUGGACUUCCACUAGUGCUACUAUUACCAUUUCUUGCUAUGAUCAUAUUUUGUAAUUCUUAUAAUGCUUAACCAGACAAAUUAUCAUAUUUCCCAACUUGAGAUGGUAAAAAAUAUAACUUUUACUGAAAUUUUUCUGGGAAAUGCACAGCUACAGAUUUAAAGACCUUACUUGA